CAGUAGCUGCCUGGUUCAGUGCUGCUAUCGCUGUCUGUCUGUUGUGCAGCACAGGUCUUCGUGCCUGUCUGUACCUUCUCCUGUCUUUCAACCAAACUCUUAGACUCCACUCGGUCUCUUUAUUAAUAGCUCUGUCAUGAAGAUGGCUAAUAAUAGCGUUAGUCCUGGGGAGAAUUUCCAGCAAGAAGGGCCGACCCUCACGUUCAGCCAGUUAAAUUAUGUCAUUCAAGAAACACGAUGCUGCCGCAAGAUAGGUCCUGAAAAACACAUCCUCAAAAAUGUAAGUGGCAUCAUGCGCCCUGGAGUCAACGCUAUCAUGGGAGCCACGGGAAGUGGCAAAACAUCACUCCUGGACGUAAUCGCAGGCAGAAAAAAUCCUGCUGGAUUGCGUCAAGGUCGGGUCAUGGUGAACGGCAAAGUGGUCACAUCUAAACUGGGGAUCAGCUCUGGAUACGUGGUUCAGGACGAUGUCCUGAUGGGAACGUUCUCCGUGCGAGAGAACUUGUUGUUCAGCGCCAAUCUGCGCCUCAACCCUUCACUUUACUCCAACAUGGACAAACAGGCCAAAGUAAAUGAGAUCAUAAAAGAACUGGGCCUUGAGGACUGUGCGAACACUAAGAUCGGGACCGAGUUCCUGCGCGGCGUGUCGGGAGGCGAGAGGAAGAGGUGCAGCAUCGGGAUGGAGCUGGUCACGUCUCCGUCGCUGCUGUUUCUGGACGAACCCACCACCGGGCUGGAUUCAAACACCGCCAACAGCAUCAUCAGCCAACUGCACAACCUGUCCAGGAAAGGCACCACCGUCAUCUUCUCCAUCCACCAGCCGCGCUACUCCAUCUUCAAACUGUUUGACCAGCUGACUCUGAUGCAUAAAGGGGAGAUGGUGUAUUCUGGGCCAGCAAACUACGCACUAGAAUACUUCGCAAACCUCGGCUACCACAUCGACCAGUUCAACAAUCCCGCUGACUUCCUCAUGGACAUCACGAAUGGCCAAGUAACAUCAAGUGUAAUGGAAUUCGAGAAGCAACACUAUGCAGAUGGUCAAAACACACUGGCCACAAGAUACCAGCAGUCGCACAUAUAUCAGCAUGUUCUUCAGGAGUUGGACCAAAUGAACCAAAGUAACUUUGUCAAAGGUCAAGCUAAAUCCGGGGGCUACGCCACAUCUUUCUUCUACCAGCUGCAUGUGGUGUGCAGACGGACCAUCCUGAACAUGCUGAGGAACCCUCAGACCUCCUACGCCCAGAUGUCAGUCAACAUCGUGUUCGGCAUCCUGUCGGGACUGAUUUACUACCAGAUCCCCCUGACCCUGCCCGAGGCCAUACAGAACAGGACUGGAGCCUUCUUCUUCCUCAUCAUGAACAUGGUGUUUGCAAACCUCUCUGCUGUUGAAAUCUUCAUCAACGAACGAGCCAUUUUCAUUCACGAGAACUCCAGUGGAUAUUACCGCACGUCCGUCUACUUCUUGUCCAAGAUCUUCGCUGAUCUCCUUCCGAACCGCCUGAUUCCCAUCACUGCGUUUUCAGCCAUCGCCUACUACAUGAUGGGGUUGAAUCCCGGCAUCAAGUAUUUCGCCUGCUUCGCUCUGACCAUGGUUCUGACCAGCCUGGCAGCCGUCAGCGUGGCCUUCCUCGUCUCUGCCAGUGUCUCAUUGUUCGCCAUAGCCAACCUAUUCGUGGCUCUGCCCUUCGUCUUCAUGAUGGUUUUUGGUGGAUUUCUUGUGGAUCUCAACAGCAUGCUGAGCUGGCUGUCCUGGAUUAAAUGGUUCAGCAUUUUCAAGUAUGGAUUGGAUGCGGCGUUCAUCAACGAAUUUGAAGGACAGAACUUCAUCUCCAAUGGCAGUGUGAUCCCAGGGGUGGUGUUCUUGGAAAGGCAGGGCCUGGAUUCCUCUGCGUGGGGCUUCUGGCAGAACCAGGUGGCUCUGCUGGGGAUCAUAACUGUGUGCAUGUUCCUGUCCUACGUGCAGCUGAGGCGAAUCAACCGCUGGAAAUAGUCCCCGUGUGUUCAGCCGUCGGCCGCAUAGUUUCUUUAUGGUAUGAAUGAAAAUCAAAGCAGAAGAAGUCAGGAAAUUGAUUCAUUUAAUUAUGUCGAGUCUGAGAAUUUGUGAAACACUCCUCUCGUUACAUGUGAAAUCUCUCACUCGCAAACACACGUGUUGUAACAUUUGACUGCGAGGCGGGUAAGCUGCCGCUAAGCACACUUGGUCUGAGCACGAGGGAGCGUACGGCGACAGCCAAGCCCACGUCUAAGACCUCACAAAGCAGCUUAGAGUGAUCCUCGCAGAGAUCCUCACAGCAGCACAUCACCGCUCAGGGACCUGAACAGGGAUGUGCUGCCUUAUUCAAAUUACAAGCCUUUCUGCACACACAAAUGUAGACGCUGAAAGCCUUUUGCACAGACUCUGUUCACAGAUGUCAGUCGUGUCUUUUUCAGUCAGUGCCUCAUUUCUAGAGCAGCACAGUUGCUGGGUUCGGUCCCAGGUGAUGCGCUGGUGAGUCGCGACUGCAGCUUUCUCCUGUUGCUGCUCUGGGUUUUUAACAAACGCAUUACAUGUUAUAGGUUUUUGAGAUUUAAGUUGUUUUGCAAUGGAUGCAAAAAUUAAUAUUAAAGUUUUCUAUUUACA